CAGGGUGUCGCGGCGGGCGGGUCUGGCAACACUGCGGCCGGUCAACAGUCAACACAGCCUCGCAUGAACCUUCACAAUGGGCACCGUGCACGCAAAAAGUCCCGACACAGAUGAGGGUGUGGGCGUUAAGAUGGAUCUCCAGGCCCUUAAGCGCCUGGACGCUGCCAGGGAGAGGGAGAUAAAGAGGAGGCUGAGGCUUAUGAGGGGCAGGCUGGCCAAGCUGAGGGCCAAGGCCAUGAACGCCAGCCUCGGGAAUGUCAAGGCGCGGGUACAGAGGGUUCACGUGGACGGCCUGGCGCGGACCAAGGACGACAUCGUGAUCAACACCGUGCGUGACGUGUUUGCCGCACAGGACUUCCAGACGGUCAUAAUGAAGAUCCAUGAGGCACGCACGAGGCUGGCGGGUCUUGGCUGCUUCAAGGACGUAGGUGUGUUCAUCGACACUUACACUGGACCCGACGCUCUGGAGGACGGCAUAGAGGUAACAUUUGAGGUGCGUGAGGUCAACCUGGUGGGGGCCAAGAUUAAUACCAGCGUGGGCAACAACGAGGGGUCGGUGUCCACGGGCGGGGUGAUGCGUAACCUGCUGGGCCGCGGGGAGGAGGCAGCCUGCGAAUACUCCCACGGCACCAAGCGCACCUCCUCCUUCCACACCACCUUCACCAAGCCCUUCCACAAUGACGCCAGCACAGUGCUCAACAGCAGUGUGUACCAGCAGGCGUCGGAGGCCCCCUGGUCAGGCUACAAGGAGCUGGACCGAGGCAUCCUGCUCUCCCUCGCCUUCAACUCAGCACCUAAUGUGCAGCAGAAGCUCAUCCUGGACGGUGUGUGGCGCCACAUCGCGUGUUUAUCCCGCUCCACGGCCUUUGCGGUGCGUGAACAGGCCGGCCACUCCCUCAAGUCCUCCCUCAGGCACGAGCUCAAGGUGGACCGGAGGGACGACCUUGUCUUCCCCUCAGACGGUGUGGCCUUUACUCUCAAGAAUGAGUUGGCGGGGCUGGGCGGAGACAUCGGCUUCCUGAAAAAUGAAAUAGACCUUCAAGUGAAUGUUCCCCUGCCCAAGGACAUUGUGAUCCAGGGCACACUACUGGCGGGACACCUCCUGCCGCUGCGGAACAACAAGACCCACUGCAUCACCGACCGCUUCCUACUGGGCGGCCCCAUGAACCUGCGCGGCUUUGAGAUGUCUGGAGUCGGCCCGCACAGUGACGGAUGCUCGCUGGGGGCUGAUAUGUACUGGGCAGCGGCACUCCACACCUACUCCCCGCUCCCUCUUCUUGGCCGUGGGGGUUCCAUCAGCGACAAGUUCCGCCUCCACGCCUUCGUCAACACUGGCAACAUCGGGGACUUUGUGUUGACCGAUGACUACCGCCAAAAUCUGCAAACUCUUCUCCGUGAGGUUCGUCUGUCCUACGGCGCCGGGCUGGCCAUGAGUCUCGGGGGCAUAGCGCGUGUCGAACUCAACUACUGCGUCCCUCUCCUGGUGCAGCGGGGCGACAGGCCGAGCCACGGACUGCAGUUUGGGGUGGCGGCGAGCUUCCUCUGAGUUUGGAGCUGUCGGAAGGAAGGUUGUUGUCGUCAUGUUAAAGUCACACACACGCGCACACACACACGCGCCCCCUUUGAUAUUGUGUUUUGGUCGGACUCUGCCUCUGUACUCCUCCUCCUCCUCCUCCUUAUUCUUGUUUUCCUUUUACAGACCACCUUCAUUGUUCUCAUAUCACUCCCUUCCUUCUCCUCCUCCUCCUCCUCUUUUUUUUAUUUUCUCCCCCCUUCAUAUUAUCAUGUGGAAAAAAUUGGGCGGCUUUUCCGAUACCCUACGCCCCUGUCCACCCAGCAGUGAAUGGGUACCAGGUAUUAAUCGGGGGUUGUGUCCCGUCUCCUGGGGUCUGUUGCCUUCUCCUAUAAUUCCUUCCCCUUCUGUCUCUCUCCGGCAUAUGACCACAGAUGUUGCGCCGACUAAACCAAACUUUCCAACUUUUAUAUUGUCAUUGUUUUUGUAGCAUUCUCCUCUUCUUCCUCUCUGCUUCCUCCACCUCCUCCUCCUCCUCCUUCUCCUUCUGCUUUUUCUUCUUUUCCUUUCUGUUCUGAUUAUCACCUUUAUUGUUUUCAUAGCUCUUCCUCUCUUCCUCCUCCUCCUGCUUCUUCUUCUCUUCUCAUUUUCCUUUCUUUUUAGGUUUUAAUUAAGAUCUGAAAUGUUCUUUAUCCAUUUUUUGUUAUUGCUGUUCUUCGAGUUUUUGGAUGACCUUAUUUUUCCGCGGUUAACUUUUAUAUUUACUUUCUGAUAUGUUUAUUCUCGUUUUCCUUUUUUUGUAUUUUUCCCCACGGUUGUUUUCCCCGUAUUUUCCCUCAUGUUAUUUAUACUCAUCCUCCCUUUUCUCACAUCCCCUUCCCUCCCCCUCCCCCUACCCCGAAGCCCCUCUAAUGGAUGCUGCUGAAGAUAUGACCUCCCGUACUUUUACCAUCAUUGUUAUUGUUAUCAUCAUCAUCAUCAUCGUCAUGUUAUCAUUCAUCAUAUCCAGAGGUCAUGUGUCAUCUCAUGGCUACGCUACUUUUUUUUUUCCCUUUCAUCUUGGUAGAGUUUAUGGCUCUGUUAGACGUGAAUUUUUUUUAUAUGACGAUAUCCCUUUGUUUUAAGUCAUUAGGGUUUCUUAGCUAUAAACUUUUCCUUCUGCCUUUUUCCUUGAAGUGUGUAUUGCUUUGUUAGGCAGGAACUUCCCUUUUUAAUAUCGUACAGACUAGACUUUCCUUUUGUCUUGGUAUCGUUAGACUUUCUUUUUCCAUUUUUUGUUGUUGCUGUUCGUUGAUUGUCAGUUUUGGGAUGACCUUAUUUUUCUGCGGUUAACUUUUAUAUUUACUUUCUAACAUGUUUAUUCUCGUUUUUCUUUUUUUUGUUAUAUUGUGCUUAUUUGGCCCUCUCUCGCUCGGUCCUCACUUUUAUAUUGGUUGCUGUGUUAAACUUUAUAUCCUUGCAUUAACGUCUUCAUAUAUUCUUUUCCUUUUUCCUUUUUCCUAGAAGAGUGUAUUGCUUUGUUAGGCAGGAACUUCCCUUUUUAAUAUCAUACAGACUAGACUUCCCUUUUGUCUUGGUAUCUUUAGACUUUCUUUGAUAUGAAGUUCUGUUGUUAUAUUGUGCUUAUUUGCCCUCUCUCACUCGGUCCUCACUUCUAUAUUGGUAGCUGUGUUAAACUUUAUAUCCUUGAAUUUAACCUCUUCAUAUAUUCUUUUCCUUUUUCCUACAAGAGUGUAUUGCUUUGUUAGGCAGGAACUUCCCUUUUUAAUAUCGUACAGACUAGACUUCCCUUUUGUCUUGGAAUCUUUAGACUUUCUUAGAUAUGAAGUUCUGUUGUUAUAUUGUGCUUAUUUGGCCCUCUCUCACUCAGUCCUCACUUCUAUAUUGGUAGCUGUGUUGAACUUUAUAUCCCUGCAUUUAACGUCUUCAUAUAUUCUUUUCCUUUUUCCUAGAAGAGUGUAUUGCUUUGUUAGGCAGGAACUUCCCUUUUUAAUAUCAUUCUUACUUGUCUUUCCCCGUUUUGGGAUCUCAAGGCUUGGUUGAAUACCGUCACCUUCGUAAACAAACCACCUAAGUCAUUUCUACCUUACAGGAAAUCAGAAAAGAACUGUUAUUAUCUUAUUUGACUUAAGAUUUAGGCAGAAAUGAAAAGGCCAAUUCUAGAACACUUAAACCCUGAAUGACGAAAGCAACUAUACAAAAAUGGGCGUCACAUGAUGAAAAAUUGAUGUAGACAAAAACCUGGAAAUCACUGAAAAAUGACUUAGACAAUUAUUUUAUGAGUAGACAAUUAUUUUAUGAGGGUGACGAUAUGAAUUUCUGUUUUUAAGAUUGUACUGACUUGGCCCUCUUUCAUUUGGUUCUCACUUCUAUAUUGGUAGCUGCAUUAAACCUCAUAUCCUUUUUUUAUUCAAGUGACUCGGUCCCCCUUACAUUUAACCUUUUCAUAUAUUCUGUAGAAGCUUAAUACUUUUUACCCACGUGCCAAAUUUUAUCAUAUGCUGACAUUCUUUAUACAGCAAAAAAAAAGAAUCAUUAUAGUUUUAGUUGGACAGGACUGUGAGCAUUAUUUUCAUAUUGCCAUUAACCCGUUAGCAGCAGGGAUCACGUUUCCUAAUGGUCCCUCUAAGCGAGAAAAAUGAGUAAAAAUCAUCACUCACACAAACCAUUUCAUAAUACAUAUCAAAGCAUUUGUGAUCAGUUUAUGCAUCAUCUGUUUUGGGGGGUUUAUAUCAUGGCACAAAUUUGGCCCAUCGCUGCUACACGGUAAAGCCACAAAUUUGGCCCAUCGCUGCUACACGGUAAAGCCACAAAUUUGGCCCAUCGCUGCUACCGGGUUAAAUUCAUUGUCUUAUCAAUAUCUAUUUGCCAGUGACUUUAGUGAACUUUUCAUCUAAGGAGACAGUUCAAGGGGAAAACAAAAGUAAAAUAAAAAAAGCCUGCAAUGCACUGAUCGACUGACUUUUCAUGUCAAAAAAAUGGGCGUCUUUUCCGAUACCCUACGCCCCUGUCCACCCAGCAGUGAAUGGGUACCAGGUAUUAAUCGGGGGUUGUGUCCCGUCUCCUGGGGUCUGUUCUCUUCUCCUAUAAUUCCGUCCCCUUCUGUCUCUCUCCGGCUAAUGACCACAGAUGUUGCGCCGACUAAACGAAACUUUCCAACUUUCUUUCAAAAUUUUCAUCCUUUUAGUGCACGCAUCAUUUCUUGCCUCCUGCAUCACCCAACUUUUUUACCUUUUCAUACAUCUCUUUUUUUUUCAUGUACAAAUGACAAUUAUAUGUAAAAGAUUAGCAGCAGCCACUUUUAUUGUCAUGUAUUGUCUUUUUAAUUAAGACUUCUAUGCAAAAUUCCAGCAAACAUCUUUAGCUAUGUAUUCCUACUUAUCCAUUUAUUUGUUUGUUGACUCAUUAAUUUGUACAAUACUCAGACGAUACAUUAGACCGACUGAAAGAUUAACCCGGUGGUAGUAGUGGGGAUCAUGUUUUUUAAUGGUCCCUCCAAGUGAGAAAAUCACCCCCCACACAAACCAUUUCAUAAUAUAUAUCAAAGCAUUUGUGAUCAGAUUAUGUAUCAUCAAUAUCGGGGGGUUUAUAUCAUGGCACAAAUUUGGCCCGUCGCUGCUACUGGGUUAACAGCAGCAACUUUUUUGGUGUGUCUUGUGUUUUUUAUGUUUUUUAUUUAAGAGUUGGAUGCAGACUUCCAGAGAACAUCUUUAUCUAUUUAUUCUUACUUAUUUAUUUAUAUAGUUGUUUGUUGACUCAUUUAUUUUUAGAGUGUUUCAAGUUUCUUUAGGCAUCAUGAUAUUUUUUCCUUUUAUAAUUCUGAUCCCUUGGCAAGAUCAGCUGUCGACACACUUCACUGCCAGACGCAAACAUUCAUAUCAUUUUAGUGCCGUGCCAACCGUGUAUCCGUGAAUAAUAGCACUAGAAUGGCUGAUGUCUCCCUAAGUUAUGCCUCCUCAGUAAUGUAUCCCUAUGUUACUACUUUCUCCCUACAUAAUAGUUGUAUUCCUCAUUAGAGAAUUAAUCCUCUUCCAUUUCCUCUUGACCCAUUCCAUACUGUGACGCCAACAUUUGUGUCAGAUGGAAAGGGUUAAGCCCCACCCACACUUACCCAACAUCCACCAAUCAGAUUAGACCUUCCCAGCAUCCACCAUUCACAUGCAACCAUUGUCAGAGGAGGCGUGGCUUUCAUAUAGGUUUGCCAAUGAUAGUCCUUUACUGGGAAAGUGGGUGGAGCAUAUUUGCCUAAUUAACAUGAAUAGAGUCUUAGAGGAUGUUCAAGGGGGCGUGGCUUGCUUGUGGAAUAGCCAAUGGGGUACACUUAUUAGGGAAGGGGGAGGAGCCUAUUUGCCUAGUUAGUCUGAAUAGUGUAGGCCUAGUGAGCAUAGGUAUUGUGGCAGCUAGCAGGGGAGGCAGAUAUCAGGCAGCAGGGGAUAGCAGACAGGUGACUGCUAACAAGGGGAAAAAAAAGUAAGGGAGGAAGAGAGGAAGGGGGACAAAGAAAAGGGAAAAGUGAAAGAGAGGAGGAAGAGAAAAGGGGAGGAGGAGGGAAAAAGGAGGAGAAAGAUAAGGAAAUUGAAAAAAGAAGAAAGGAAUAGAAAGGGAGGGGUGAAUAGAAGAAUAGAAGGAAGAGGAGGAGGAGGAAUAUUAUGGUGAAAAAGAGGAAUGAAAAGAAAAAAAUUAGAAUAAAACAGAGAAAAAGGAAAAGAAGAAGAAGAGGAGGAGGAGGUACAAAGGAAAGGGAAAAGAAGAGAAGGAGGAGAUAGAGAGGAAACAAAAAAGAAGAGGAGGCAGAGGAAAGAGGAAAGGGAAAACAAGAGGGAAUAGAGGAAAGAAGAGGUACAGAGGAACAGGGAAAAAAGAGGAAAAGGUGGAAGUAGAGGAUAAACAAGAGGAGAUGAUAGUUAAAAGUCCUCUUGAAAACCCCAUAAGAGGACCACCAUCGCAGGACCAAUACAGUGUCAAACAAAAGGUGUGUAUAGACGUGACGAGGGCGCAGCUGCCUGGGUCGUGGCGCUUAUUGUGAAGGCGGAGGCGGUGUUGAGGCCACUCGGUCGCCUAUGCAAGAAUCAUUUAUUGUACAGUGUAAAAAUACAGUCAUCUAUAUUUA